AACCCCUGCGCUGAUUGGCUGAGGAUCCAGGAACGGGCGUUACCCUUAAGGAAAUCGUGGCAAGAUGGCGUCCCUGGAUCGGGUGAAGGUUCUGGUGUUGGGAGACUCAGGUGUUGGGAAAUCCUCGCUGGUCCAUCUUCUAUGCCACAAUCAAGUUCUGGGAAAUCCAUCAUGGACUGUGGGCUGCUCGGUGGAUAUCAGAGUUCAUGACUACAAAGAAGGAACCCCAGAAGAGAAGACCUACUAUAUAGAAUUAUGGGAUGUUGGAGGCUCUGUGGGCAGUGCCAGCAGUGUGAAAAGCACAAGAGCAGUGUUCUACAACUCUGUAAAUGGUAUUAUUUUAGUACAUGACUUAACAAAUAAGAAGUCAUCUCAAAACUUAUAUCGCUGGUCAUUGGAAGUUCUCAAUAGAGAUUUGGUCCCAUCUGGAGUCCUGGUGACAAACGGGGAUUAUGACCGAGAACAAUUUGCUGAUAACCAAAUCCCACUGUUGGUAAUAGGGACUAAACUGGACCAGAUUCAUGAAACCAAGCGCCAUGAAGUUUUAAUUAGGACUGCUUUCUUGGCUGAGGACUUCAAUGCUGAAGAGAUUAAUUUGGAUUGCACAAACCCACGGUCCUCAGCUGCAGGCUCCUCCAAUGCUGUCAAGCUCAGUAGAUUUUUUGAUAAGGUCAUAGAGAAGAGGUACUUUUUUAGAGAAGGUAAUCAGAUUCCAGGCUUUCCUGAUCGAAAGCGGUUUGGAGGAGGAGCGUUCAAGAACUUCCAUUAUGACUGAGUCGCACUCACCCUUUGGAAGAGCGAGCCGUGGCAGUCUGCACAGCUCUCCUCUGCCUGUGGCAGGCUAUUAACUUCUCAGGCUUUGAUGAAAACAUCUCAAAACGCUACCUCACCCUCUCAUGGAAGAUUGAAAGACAGCAACGAUGUGGAGCUCCUGCUUGGUCCCUGUUCUCUGUGUUGCUCACCUCCCUGUCCCUGCUGAUAGCUUAUGUAAAAGCCUCAUGAGGACAUGAGAUAUUGUCAGACCAGCGCAGUAAAGGAGCGGUGACGAGGACUGCAGAGAAGACUGACUCUUGCUCGGAACCAGAGGGCGUUUUAGGUCCACGAUUUUCCCACACUCGCUGCUGAAGGCUUAAUUAAGUACUUCAGAAACAUACCUGAGUUGUUAUACCUUUUUGUGGGGAAAGGUCAUGUUAACCACCCCUGAGUUAUCCACCCCAAGCCAUCUCUGUCAUUUUUAAAGAUGCCAACUGGUGUUAUUUCAUUUUCUCCGGCCUCAUUACACACAGGGAUGCCUAAGAAUAGCAACCCUGUCUCCUCAUCCCUGGAAAAGGCUUGGUGUCUGGGAGAGACGAACCAAUAGCAGGACUUAAUAGAAAUACAAAUUAAUAAUAUAUGGAGACUAGACCAGAAAAGAAGGCUUCUGUGAGCCAUUGACGGCUUCUCCGCUCCUUAGGGUGCGGCUUUCCAAGUGUCUCCGCUUUCUGUUUGGAAAUGGGGUGAAAUCUGAGAGCAGCACACAGCAGUAAGAGACUUAUUGCCUCUUUGGUGUUUGUUGUUUUUCUGGUUUGGGUUUUAGUUUUUAGAGGAAAUUCAGCUUUAAUGCCCUUUAAUAUGAUGAACAGUAAACUAAGAAUAUUAUCCUUGAGUUAACACUGUAUUUAAGUAAGUUCCAGAGUAAUGCAUUCACAUAAAUUAUGAACCACUGUUUGGGGUUUCAUAAUCACGCCACAGCUUUUUAGCAAUGAUAUGUAUGUGUUUGCAUAAUUGUUCAUCAGUAUUUCCUAGCCCAUCUUUUUUGCCAGUUUAAUUCUCUCAGCCCAGUUCUUCCUUAGUUUAUAAAAUUGGUUGCAAAAAAGGGACUAUAAUUGGCUACUGCGUUCAACACCUUAUUAUCCAGAUUCUGCUCUGCUGAAGCUCUCUGCUCCCUAGUUUUGCACCAAAUUAAAAAAUAGUAUUAUAAAUGCACAGUUGCAGUUCUUUUAAAACCAGGUAAGAACUACUAAGUUCAUCUUCCGUUCAUUUGGACUAAAUUUCAGAAGGACUCGGGAAGGCAGGGUAUGCUGGGAAGGAGUAUGAGCAGCUCAGAAAGGCGGUCCUUGGAUUGGAAGAGCACUUCUCCCGAGCUGGGCUGUUCUGUCUUUACCUCCUCACUGGCAAGACCAAGGCCAGUUUUGGCUUCUUUGCUGGCUUGAUUGUUCUCUGAUAUAAUUGUGUUAUACAAAUUAUGAUCUGUGUGUGGAAUUUGGCACAAGUAUGUUGUGGCAGAGGCUGUAAAGUUGAGAAAGUAGAAACCAAAUGCUACACGAAGUCCUAUCUAAACUAUCUAAAACUCUUCAUAUUUCUUUUAAAAGUUAAAUCAAGGGGCAUGAACUGCAACUCAACAGUAGAGCAUUUACAUAGCAUGUGCAAGGCAUUAGAUUUGUUUCCAAUAUCAAAAAUUUUAAUAAAAAGUAACUAAGUUAAAACCCA